CACCGCAACGAACGCACCGAAACAUACCGCAAGAGAGAAAGAAGCAUUCUUCUCGUCUGGUUUGGUCUCGCAUCGUAUCGCCUCUCCGCACAGAACUACCGUCUCUGUUCCGGAAGCGACACCUGCCGAGUACGAAUACAAGUACGAAUACGAAUACGAAUACGAAUACGAAUACAAGUACGUACCCCCUCUGGAAACUCCACCGGGCUCCACAAGCACGCAACGGAACGCAACGGAAGCAAACCAACCGGCGGCAACCAUCGCUCGCCCACACCAAGAGCAGCAACCAUGGCACGGAUGGCGCUGAUCGUUCCGAGGCACAAGCCGCACCGCUAUCACAGGCAGGAGCCACCACCGAACCCGGAGACGGGCAGCAACCACGGCAGCGAGAAUCCCGAGGGCAGCUCGGGCAGCUCGGAGGGCACCAACAGCGACAGCGGCAAUGGAAAUUCCAAUUGCAACGGCAGCGGCAACGGCAAUUUCAACACCGGCAGCAGCUACGACUUUGAGAGCCUGACCCACCCCCUGGCGCUCCUGGAUACCAGCAACAGCAGCGGAAGCAGCAGCGGGAGCAACGGACGCCUCCACCCCCGCCGGGAGGAGGAGGACGGGGAUUCCCUCGGCUCCUCGUCGGCGGCCCCCACCUCCCCCCUGAUCGGGAUCCGCCGGCACAACGGCCGGCAACAACAUCCGCAACAGCAACACUGCCAACAACACUGCCAACAACAACCACCACCACCACAUCCCGAGCACCGCACCAAGAACUGCCUGCGGUUCCUCACCCCCGAAAAGAAGAAAAAGUCCAAGCCGGCGCGGAAGCAAGGAUCUCCGACGACCGUGGUCUCGCACCUGGAUUUCAUAGUGGAGGAAGGCGAGGACGACGACGACGACGGCGACGACGAGGAGGAAUAUGUGCCACCGGGCUUUCCACCCGGCUACACCGCAGUGAGCGGCGGUGGCAACAACGGCGGCAACGAUAAUGAUAAUGAUAAUUCUAACGACAACGACAACGAUUCGAUGCAAGGGGGAGACAACCGUUUCGAGGCCGAAACGGACACGGGGGUGUGGAUGAUGGAGCACGACGACGACGACGGCGGCGGGGGCGAAAAGGACAGAGAGAGAGGCAGAGACAAAGACGGAGGGACCCCAAGCCGGGAGCACGGAUCCUUUUCGCGCAGCAAAAGCAAAAGCAUUSAGGACGACGACGACGAGGAGGACAUUUUCGACAGCCUCGAGGCCGUUCCCGCGGACCACCCCGGGAUCCGGAAGGACGGAGGCGAAGACUCCUUCGCGUCCCUCCGAUUGGAAGGCGAGCAAGGCAACGACGACGACGACGGCCUCUCGGACUUUUUCGGGGGCAGCGCCCUCGGGAGUGCCAUCGAACACGUCGACGAGAGCGCCGAUGGUUGGUACGGGCACGGGCACGGGCCAAACACGGAACCCCACGACGACCAUCGCGGUUCCGAACCCACCGGCCGCAGCGAAMAAGAGGAAAAGGACCGGGAGGAGGACGACCGCCUCGCUUCCACCAUGCUCAACACCAGCAGCAUCCUCACCAGCUCGACGYUUCUAAGGGAACACCACCAGCCACACUUCUUUCACGGAAUGCCCCUUGGCGGCAGCGGCGGCGACGCGGCCUCGCCGGUGCGAAUGCGAAUGCCAAUGCCAAUCCCCCCCGGGACCGAUCCACGCCCCCGGAUGGCACCCGAGGACGAGCGAAAGGGCAUCCUUCUGCGGUACCGGUACAACCAGAUCCACCACAUCCAGUCCCACCUCGGGAACCACCAAAACAGCAGCGGCAACAACAAGUCCACCACCACCACCAACAACAACAACAACAACAACAAGGAGCACGCCCCCGGCAGCACAAAAGCCAUUCCAAGGGUGCCUUCCGAGCCACCCACGGGUGCCGAGUGGGAGGACGCCAUCUGGAGGGAGGAGUUCCACCGCAUCUGCGAGGACCCCCCGAAGGUUGCCAAGGCAGCGAYYCCCRGGCAAAAGGCCGUUGCGGAGGCGGAACGGCUGUCGAGGGACCUGGAGGAGGCCACGGCCCUGGUGGGCACCCUCGAGGCCGAGCUGGCCUCCGCCCGCAGGCGCAGGGAGGACUGCCUGGAGCGCCUGCGGCCGCUUCCGCUGGAAGGCGAAUCCGAGCCCUCCUCCGUGUUUUCGUCGGCGGCGAGCGCGAGACGCACGGAGGCCGAUUCCGAGCGGUCCGCCAUCCGGAGGCUCCACCUGGGCAUCCUCGCCAACGGCGUCCGGCCGAACGARGGGGCCCGCCGCCUGUUCCUGGCCCACAAGGAGGAAGCGGCGCACCGGGCCCGGUCCUUCGGGGGAGACGAAACCGCCGCCAGCGACGCCUUCGAACCAGCGCCCGGCCCCGAGCGGUGCGGUCCCUCCCCCCCCGAAUGGGSCAGCGGGGCGAGCUCCCAGCCGGGCCGCAUCCCUCCCGUCCGCCCUUCGAGGCGGUUGUCCAAAAACCCCAUGACCGACCGGAUCAAGCGCCACUUUCGGGCCCGGAGGAAGGCCACCCUCGGAACCCGUGGGCAAGGCCGUGGCGGCGGCGCCGAAGAAGCACCCCCUUGCGAGACCGACAAGCGCACCAGCGUCAGCGUGCCCAGCACCUCGCCGGGGGCGAUCGUGGCCGGGUCCCGCCGCGAGAAGAACCUCGAGGAGAACCGCCGGGCCGGGGGCGCCUUCCGCCGGGGGAAACAGGACCCCCCGGGGGCGGGGGAAGCACGCCGGGGAGGCGAUCGUCCUUGCGMAGCCACGGCGGCCGGGAACCACUUUGAGUACAGGACCGUGGAGGAACUCCGGGUGGUGAGGGGCCGGCUCGAGCAGAUCCGGGAGCUCUUCGACCGUGCCGGGAGCGAUCCAGAGCGGUCCUCGAAGCAGGCCGCGAUCGAAACCGCGACCUCCAAGUACAUCUGGUUGCGGGAGAACCGGUUCGUGUAGCUAGCUAGUUAGCUAGGCAACCAACCAACCAACCAGCCCGACCGCCAAGACCCCUUUCCGAAGCCGGCAGGGAACCGUGGAACGGACGGAAGCAUCGGGGACGAGCAGCUUCGGAUAGGUUGUUGUGUACGGCACUUUGGUGCCGAUGAGUCACAAAACGCAUAAAGUUAAAGGGAUAGU